GAGGCUCUCCCGGGCUCCAUGAGGCUUCUGCUAUGACCACAGUCUCCUCGCGGAGCCAGGACUGCCCCUUGCCGCCACAGCCUCUCCGGGUCCCCACGCCGCCCUGCCUGUCCCCGGCCCCGUGUCACCAUGGGCAGCGUCAGUAGCCUUAUCUCUGGCCACGGCUUCCACGGCAAGCACUGCCGGGCCUCACAGUACAAGCUGCGGAAGUCUUCCCAUCUCAAGAAACUCAAUCGGUAUUCAGACGGGCUCCUGAGGUUUGGCUUCUCCCAGGACUCGGGUCAUGGCAAGUCCAGUUCCAAGAUGGGCAAGAGCGAAGACUUCUUCUACAUCAAGGUCAGCCAGAAGGCGCGGGGCUCCCACCGCCCUGAUUACACUGCACUGUCCAGUGCGGACGUAGGGGGCCAGGCCGGGGUGGACUUCGACCCGUCCACCCCCCCAAAGCUCAUGCCCUUCUCCAAUCAGCUAGAAGUGGGCUCAGAGAAGGGGGCAGUGAGGCCCACAGCGUUCAAGCCGGUGCUGCCGCGGUCCGGAGCCAUCCUCCACUCGUCCCCCGAGAGCGCCAGCCACCAGCUGCACCCUGCGCCCCCGGACAAGCCCAAGGAGCAGGAGCUGAAGCCCGGCCUGUGCUCCGGGGCGCUGUCCGACUCCGGCCGGAACUCCAUGUCCAGCCUGCCCACGCACAGCACCAGCAGCAGCUACCAGCUGGACCCGCUGGUCACCCCCGUGGGGCCCGCCAGCCGCUUCGGGGGCUCGGCUCACAACAUCACCCAGGGCCUCAUCCUCCAGGACAGCAACAUGGUGAGCCUCAAGGCCCUGUCUUUCUCCGACGGGGGGAGCAAGCUGGCCCACCCCAGCAAGGCGGACAAGGGCCCCGCCUGCGUCCGCUCCCCCCUCUCCACGGACCAGUGCACCAUCCAGGAGCUGGAGCAGAAGCUGCUGGAGAGGGAGGGCGAGCUCCAGAAGCUGCACCGCAGCUUCGAGGGGAGGGAGCUGGCCGCCGGCCAGGCCUACGAGGAGCGGCCGCGGCGCUGCCCGGACGAGCCGGAGGGGCUGGAGCCCAGGGGCAAGCUGAAGGCCGCCUCCCAGAAGAGCCAGCGCGCCCAGCAGGUGCUGCACCUGCAGGUGCUCCAGCUCCAGCAGGAGAAGCGGCAGCUGCGCCAGGAGCUCGAGAGCCUCAUGAAGGAGCAGGACCUGCUGGAGACCAAGCUCAGGUCCUACGAGAGGGAGAAGACCAGCUUCGCCCCCGCGCUGGAGGAGACGCAGUGGGAGGUGUGCCAGAAGUCCGGCGAGAUCUCGCUCCUGAAGCAGCAGCUGAAAGAGUCCCAGACGGAGAUCAACGCCAAGGCCAGUGAGAUCCUCAACCUGAAGGCGCAGCUGAAGGACACGCGGGGCAAGCUGGAGGGCCUGGAGCUGAGGACGCAGGACCUGGAGGGCGCCCUGCGCACCAAGGGCCUGGAGCUGGAGGUCUGCGAGAACGAGCUGCAGCGCAAGAAGAACGAGGCGGAGCUCCUGCGGGAGAAGGAUGAUGAAAUGUCCCGCUGUCUGCAAAGCGACAGUGGCAUCCUCACCACCUCACCACAGAGGGGACUCUGCCCCUGGGCCCUGGAGUGA